GUUCUCAUUACGCACAAUCUGCGCAUAGGUGUUUUGGACAUCCCGCCGCCGAUCCUCUCUCGUGUCUAUCAGACUCUGUCACGAGGUUUCGUGAAUCUCUUGAACGCCGUGAAGAUCAAGGAUACGAACUUCCCAUUUCCAUGGGCCCAGAUGAUCAUGAUCCUUCUCGUAGUGCACUCUGUCUUCACCCCUUGUGUGGUGACAUCUUUCAUGACGAGCUACCAGUGGGCAAUACCCGUUACCUUCGUUCCGGUGUUUGGCAUGUUCGCACUGAAUCAGGUGGCCGCCCAGCUCGAGAUGCCAUUUGGGCAGGACGACAACGACCUUCCCUUGGAGCACUUUCAGAAGGAAAUGAAUCAAAGCUUGCUCCAGCUGAUGCACGAGAUGUCAGAUCAUCUUCCCUCCACAAAGCCCAGUGCCAAGACACACGUGGACGAGCUGAGGUGCUUCGUGGACGGUGGCCAGAACAUAUGUUGUCCCGUAACGAUGGAGCUGAGCGACAGCAAGGUUUUCGAGACAUUGGCGCUGGACACGGAGGAGGAUGAACCAGAGGCAGCAGUCCUCUUUCCACCGGAGACAAAGCUAGAAGAGGUUCAGGCGUUGCCAACACCCUCCGAGGAUAUGGGCGAGAUCAAGGAUGACAAUCCAUCGCGCAAGCUCGUUGAGGAAAAGGCAGCAGACAAGUUAGACGACAAGCUCCAAUUCCAAGCGACCGAGAUGGAGGCUGCAGCCUAUGCCUUGGCUGCGCAGCACGUGGCUGACAUCGCGAGGAGCACAGAAGCUCUGCUGACUCUGGGCCAGACAUUGCCCACAGCAUUGAGACAGCACUCGGAGGAUGGCGAGCUCGGAGUGGCGAGCUUAGUCUCGCUCGAGAGAGCAACGACUGGAUGUGGUUCCCCAGCUCGGGCUGCCGCGGAGACUGCCACCCGGAUCAGCGGAAAAUCAGUUAGCCUCCACACGCUGAUGUGUCAUGUGUGCCAUGAGAGCAGACGUGACGCUCCGGAUGCUGCCGGUGUCUGGCUCAGGGCUCGUGCUACUGUGGGUACCCCACGGCAGUUGAAUUCAUUUGACAAGGGUGGCUUCGACUACCUCCUCCAGGAGCACGGGACUAUGACGACCGACGGCAAGGAUGACUACAGGACCAAGUGUGCAUGGGACGGCGAGCCGUCCACCUGGCAAGACUACACGAGGAGAGUCCGCUUAGCUUUCGAGCGGACAUCGAGGCGCAAGCGUCAUCUGUUGGCGCCGGAAAUGGUGUCUCAGCUGACCGGGCGUGCGUGGUCUAUUACGCAGGACAUAGAUCACGCCCGCCUCGUACGACGUGAAGGGGUGAUCUACCUUCUGUCCUUCCUCCGAGAGAAGCUAGGAAGGCUCCCGGUACCUGACAUAGGUGUGAGGCUUGAGAACUUGAUCCUGAAGCUUCGCCGGUCCCCUGGACAGUCUAUGGCAACCUGGGCUUCGAACCUUCGCCAGCAAUACAGACUUCUGCAGGUUGCCCUGGCCAGAGUCAGAAGCUCCGACCCAGACAAGCCAGGGGCCGACAAGUCCUCGCCGGUAGCCUCUCGAUCGGGCCCCUCAUCGGCGUCUUCUCCCCACAGGCGGGCAAGUGGUACGAUGGAAGAAGAGCCCCAUGCUGAAGCCCAACCGGAUGCUAGAGAGCAAGAAGAGACGGAGACCAUCGGCCCAGAGGAUGACGAAGAAGAGGUUAUCCGAGAUGGAAGCCCCUCCUGGAGACGGCGACGACGAGAUCGCCGAGAUUCAGACUCAGAUGACUCCCAGAAAGCCUUGGCUGACCUACACAUGUGGCAGGAGCAAGAGGAACAUCUUCCGGAGGUUUUACCUCCUGAGGUUCUUGGAUGGCUCCUGUUGAGACGGGCCAACCUCUCCCAGCAGGAGAGACUGUCAGUGCAAGCAGCUUCCAACAACAGCCUGCGAAUCGACGAUGUGGAAAAGGCACUGCGGUCCAUGGAAGAUGAGCUGGUCCAUGCAGAUGCUCAUAAGCAGCACCUUCGGCGAGACCGCGACUCACGGCGAAGGUCUUACUGGAUGGAGGAGGACGGUCAGUGGUCCCUCCUCACGGCGGAAACUGCGGAGUUGGAUGACAUCGUCGAGCAGGGAGGUGCCCUGUUUGUUGGGGGGAAGCUGCCGGCCCAGGUCUACACGGAGUCCGCCGCCGCGUGGUAUCAAGGACCCCCUGAAGAUUGGAGCUACUCGGAUGAGGGAGCCGCCUGGUGGUCAGAUCCUGGAUGGGAAGAGAGAGCCUGGUGGCAAGAUCCGGAUGGCUAUGCCGACCUCACCAUCGAGGAGCAGAAGGAGGUGGACGAGGCUUUCGCUGUGGCGGAGCAGAAAGCCCGUGGCUUCAUCCAGGCCAGACAGGCCAUCAAGGCGAGGAAUCUCAGCAGAGGUUUCUACACCUACAACCCUGGGAGCAAGAGCGGUUCCUUCAAGGGGAAGUCCAAGGGGAAAG